AUGAACUACGUCCCCAUCGUGCUGUCUCCCGUGGCAGACGUCACCCCUGCUGCAACGGACGAGCCUCCGUGCGUCAUAUCGGCUCAGCAAGAGAUUGAUAAGAAAGUCCGCUCCACUGUGGGUGAGCAGCACCGGGAAAGACUCGGGCAGCUGCGUGCACGUCUGCAGGAGCAUCUCCGUGGCACCCUCCGCUUGCCUCCGUCACCGUCGCCGUCGCCCAACGUGGCACGGGUGGUGGAGUUCACACCGACGGUGCAUCAGGGCCAAGCACACACUGGCGAUGAUGCGAAGGAAAUACAGGAUCUCCUCUUCACUCACGCACACCGCUAUCCAACGGCGAGAGGUUCGUUGAGACUUUCUGUGGAUCUUCCCCACGAAGACCACAACCAGCAGCACCAACAAAUAAACGGAGGUGCACACCGUGUUGAGAGUACACACGGAGUAUCGAGACGUGGUGUCGGCUUUGUGGAUGAUAAGAGCGUGACCACAACGAAUAGUGGUGAGCCUUCACGUCUGUUUCAAUUAGAAUGUGCCGUCUGCGCCGCAAAUGAACACAUCCUCAUUGACUCUGGCACGCCAUUCGUGGCAUACUGCCCAUUCUGCGGUUAUCCCCAAUCGUGA